ACCUGCCGACAUGACUUUGUUUGAUGAGCUUGCCGAGAAGAUCGGAGAUGAUCAGUGGGAAGCGUGGAAAGCACGGGUGCUCGAUGCAAAGGAAGAGAUUGCAGCCUUUGUCGCCAGUCGCCGCCCAGGACAUGGGGCUGAAGUCCUCGAUUGGUUCCAGGGCUCUUUCAACUUCUGCCUCCAGAUCAUGUACAACGACGGGACGCCAGAUGCCCUAAUUCGGUUCCCAGGCCCGGGACACACGACCUUCCGAGAUGAGAAGAUUGAGAAUGAGGUCCAAGUCAUUCAGUUUCUCCAGGAGAAUACCACCAUCCCGGUUCCGCGCUUGAUCAGCUGGGGACGGACCGAGGAUAGCCCACAGCACUUUGGACCGUUCAUAAUCUCAGACUUUGUGGAAGGAGUUGCCCUCUCUGAUAUACUCAGGGAUCCUGCUGAUAGGAAGCGGAUCUGGUUGAACCCACAGAGUGACGGGGAAAUAUUGGAUAAUGUGUUUUCUCAAAUCGCUGAUAUCGUGCUUCAACUCUACAGAUUCGAUUUCGACCACAUCGGAGCCAUUUCAAAGGACUCCUCUACGGGAACGUGGUCUGUCACAAGGAGACCCCUGACUUACAGCAUGAAUGAGCUUGCAACUACGGCACUCUACCCCGUCGACAAGUUCCCCACGGCACCGUUUGCAUCCGCACGCGAAUACUUCGAGUCUCUGCUGUCUGAACAGAAAACCCAUCUCUGGACCCAGCGUAACCUCUGCGGAAGUCCAGUAGAGGCCAAGGAUCGAUAUAUUUCCCGCCAUCUAUUUGCGCAAUUAGUAGACAGACAUUGCAUCAACGACCACGGCCCUUUCAAACUGUUCUGUGACGAUUUCCGACCCCAAAACAUCCUUGUAGAUCCAACUACUCUCCGUAUCAAGGCUGUUCUUGAUCUCGAAUUCACGAACGCCAUGCCUAGUCAGUACGCUUCUGAACCGCCCUGGUGGUUGCUACUAGUGGGCCCCGACUCCUAUGUUUUUCGAGGUCGGACCAUCGAAGAAUUCGUUGAGGCCUACGAACCUCGCUUUGAGCAGUUUUUGCAAGCGAUGGAACGAGCUGAGAAGGCAAGAGAGGGCUUAGAUGGUGAAAAGACUCUUUCUUGUCUUAUGCGCGAGUCGUGGGCCUCGAAACGUUUCUGGUUCAAUUAUGCGACUCGGAAGCCGUUCGACGUAGAAGUCUUCUAUGAUGGUUGCUUGAAGGAGGGUAGUGCCGGUGUUGAGUUGCUGGAUGAAGAGGCACGUGCGGGCUUAGAGCCCUUUGUUGAGAUGAAGAUGAAGCAGUUGAAGGCAUAUGACAACGAAUGCGCGAAUUCUCUUUAAAAUCUUCGAACUUUACUCCGAAGAAGAGCUGGUUCAGGCGCAGUUAGAUCGUAUGGAUCAUGUUCAGGCGACACGGGACAUACGCGAAAUGAGACGUGGUUUCGCAGCGCGCCGCCAAUUCCCAACGCCUUGGCAAAACGCGACAGCACGUGAUGCGGCUUUCACCCUCGCUACUGCGAUGAUCGGCCUUUGCGCUCGAUGAGUAGCAUUGGAUCACACCAUAGUCGAUGCAUCU